AUGCUUUCGUAUGGGAUCCAACAAUCUCUUCCUGUUUCUGCCAAUUGAAUAUAGGCAGCCACUAUAUCUCAUUAGUCAAAUAUUCUUGAGAAUCAUAAAAUGAAGAAACUUUUCAGACGAAAAAAGAAAUCAGCAUCUGAAGCUGGAAGUGUUGGCAGUGGGCUGUCGGGUUCAGGAUACAACAUUUCUCCAAAAAAAGACCUAGGAAAGCUACACAAAGCAGCCUAUGAUGGGGAUUUGACUAAAUUGAAAUCGAUGCUCAAACGUGGAGAUGUAAACCAACUUGAUAAAGAAAAUAGAACACCUCUACAUCUGGCAUGUGCAAAUGGAAAAUUUGAAGCUGUUCGAAUGUUAUGCGAACAUCAAAAUAUCAAUUUAAAUUUAUGUGACAAUGAUCGACAGUCAGCGUUAAUGAAAUGUGUGCAAUGUGAACAUCAAACUUGUCUGAAUAUAUUACUACAAAAAGAGGCUGAUGUUUCACUUUGUGACAACAAUGGAAACACAGCACUACAUGUUGCAGCAAGUAUCCCCAACAGUGACAUCUGUUAUCUUUUGUGUGAUUAUAAGGCAGACCCAAGAGCAAAAAAUAAAGAUGGAUCUACCCCUCUUCAUAUAGCAGCAGGACUUGGUAGUGAUGAGAUAGUUCGACAUAUGUUGGAAUUAGGAGUCGACGUGAAUGAUGUUGAUGACAAUGAGAAAACAGCACUUAUGCAUGCUGCUCAUAAAGGUCACCUGACAACAGUCAAACUUCUAUUGUCAAAAAAUGCAAAUGCUUCACUUCGUGAUAUAAGUGGAUGGACUGCAGAUGACUACGCCAGCAUGGACGGAUUUCAUCCGAUUUCCCAUGUUAUUGUUGAACAUAACAUGAAAAAGGGACAAACAUCAACAAAAACAACACCCUCAAGACAGUCAACGAUUUCAAGGACGCCACAAACUACUCCUCAAAAACUUGGUAUUCAAUCUUCUCAGCAAUCUAUGAUGGAUAUCGGUGGACCAGCUUUGGAUGGUGGAGAUUCACAAAGUGACGAUUCACAAUCUGCAAGCAGAUUAACAAAUGAUAGAGAUUCUUGGGCUUCUUCUAAUUCUGAAGAUGAUGAACCUAAAUAUGCAAAAGUCAAGAAAAAGAAAAGUCCUGAAAAACCGAAAAUCAAUUUAAUGCAACUAAUGAAAAUGAAAAAGAAGACUCCAACUUCAUCCGCAGAUGCAACUGCUCCUUCACCUAUAUCCACCAGUCCAUCUCAUCAACCAAUGCAAUCGCCUUCUAAAACUACAACUAAUUUAUUCUUAACAUCUAGUGCUCGCCAGCAACUUGAACAACAAGAAUCAGAAGAUAAACAAGAUUCUGAUAUUUUAGAAGAACGAGAGAUGAGAUCAAGAUAUGACAGUAAGUCAGCCAGAGGAUUGCCAGUCUCUCCAGACAAACCACCAUUACCGAAACCUCGGUCUAGCACAUCGCUGGAUAAAGUUGACGCCGCACCAAUAACAAAUGCAAAGAAACUGAAUGAUAGUGAUGGAGAUUCACCCUGGGAUAGUUCUGAUAAUGAAGACAGUAGUGAACAUGCAAUGGAAGAUAGAAACAUAACUCCCGCAGUAAAAAUUACAGAUCAAAGGAAGGUGGUCAAACCCGAUCCAAGUCUUCUCAACGAUCUCGGUUUUGACGCAAAUGACGUAAAAAAUAUUUAUAAUAGUGAUGAAGACACAGAUAUUUCAAGGUCUGAAUCUGCAGCUACUGGUUCUCCAGCAAAAUCAACAAAACCUAAUGUUGCUGCUGUAACGUCACCAUCUCACAAAGUUAAAGUUCAGAAAGUAAAUGAAGAUUCGGAUUCUUGGGAUGCCAGUAAUUCGGAAGAGAAACCAUCGCCUGCCAAACAAUUGCCUGCUUUCGAUUUUAUGAAGAAAUCAACAGCUUUCAAAUUUGAUGACGAAACUGAUUAUGAUUCUGAUUCUGAUAUUUUGAAACCAGAUGUUAAUAAAGGUAAUGUCAAAUCAAAUCAACUAGCAAAAGAUAAUGAAAAUGUUGAUGAUGACGAUGAUGAUUCCUCAUGGAACUCAGACAAUAUUGUGAAACGACCAGAGCAAGCUCCAGAAGAACAUAGUUAUGUUUCAUCAUCACCUGCAGUAUUACAAGAUGCUGAGAAAAUGGUGUCACCUCAGCAUAGAUCAGCCUUUCAGUAUUCACCAAAUAGAAAACCCAGCACUGGUUUUAAUUAUGGAGCUGCUGAUGACAGUAAUUCAUUCGAUAGUGAAGAAGAAUCGGAAAGUUCAUGGGAGGAGCAAAAUCGUCUUAAGAAAUCACGAGCCCUCAACAAUCAAAAAGACUUAGAAAAAGAAAAUAAGAAAACUUUAGCUGAGGAAGCUGCAAGAAAAAUGGAGGAAAAAAGAAAACGAGAUGAAGAGGAAAGGUUACGCAAAGAAGCGGAAGAAAAGCGGAUUUUGGAUGAAAAUAGAAAGCAAGAGGAAAUGAUAAGACAAAAAGAGGAAGAACAUAAAAGAAUUAUUGAAGAAAAGAAGAUACAGGAAGAAAAUAGAAGAAAAGAAAAGAAACAACGAGAUAUAGAAGAAUUAGAAAAAUUAAACAGAAUGAAUGAGGAAUUGGAGAAAAAAAGUGCUGAAUUGAAAAAGAAGAUUGAACUCGAAGAGGAAUGGAAGAAAGAAGAAGCGAAAAAGUUAGAAACGACAACACCUCAAAUGAAUGAAUCUCUUCGAAUUGCAUUAGAAAGAGCUGUAGAUGUAACAAGUGAAUCUGGUGAUUCUGAAAGUUAUAACAAAGAAGAUCAGAAAAUAAAAGCAAAACAACCUGCCAAGAUGGAUUAUCUUACUAACUCAUCUAUUCCUCCACUAUCAUCUGGUGCGGUGAAGCAACGACAGCAAAUAUCACCAGGAGAUAUUAUUGGAGCAACCAAUCAUAUAGAUUUAGAUACAUUAACAGAAGAAACUGAAACUGAUGAUGAUUUAUCUUUAUCAGAGCAUCGUCAACCUCCAAUAGUGCAUACCUCACCACUUUCCGAUUCAUUGAAAUUGGCAGAAGAAAAACAGAAUCUGAGUUUACAGUUAGCACGAGAACAAGAUGUGGCUGCGUCUACCCAGGAUAAACUGGAAAAAAUUAAAUUUGAAAACAAAGAAUUAAAAUCCAAAGAAAGAAUGUUAACGGAAGAAAAGAAAAACUGGGAAUUGGAAAAAGUUGAAAUGAACGCAGAGAAUCGAAAAUUAAAUUUUGAAAUAAAAAAUCUCCAAGAAAAUCUUGAAACUUUAAAUUGUAAAAUGACGCAACAAAAUGAAAAAUUUAAAAGAAUGGAAGAACAGUUACAAGUUGAAAAAGAGGAAAGAAGAGAACAGGAAAUAACAGUGAGAGACUUGAGAACGGAUUUAAAAACUGCUAAAGCUGCCUCGAAACAGACUGAGCUUGAUUGUGAAGAAUUGAAGAAGAAAUUAGCGAGUGAAAAAGAAAGCCGUUCACUUGCACAAACAAUGAAUCAAGAUAGUUUGAAACUAAGUACAACUUUACAAAAUGAAGCAAAGAAUGACAAGAAAGUAGAAUCACUGGAACAAGUUGUUCACGAGAAAAAUCAAGAACUCAUUAAAGUGAAAGCAGAACGAGACAGAUACGAGGAUGCCAGUGCAAGAUAUAAAGAGGAAUUGGGCAAAUUGCGAUCACUGGGAGCAGAUCAACAUGGGGAUCUGGCUCAGUUCAAUCAAGAACUGAAUGAAAAAUUGGAUGAGAAAGAAGAAGAGUUGAGAGAAAGUGAGGAAGCUCUGCAAUUAACUGCAUUACAAUCUGUUCAAUUUAAACAAGAAUAUGAGAAAUGUGCUCAGCAACUUGCAGAAGAGAGAAGGGAAAAAGAAAAUGCUUAUAAAGAUUUGAAUCUUUUAAACAAUCAACAAGAACAAUUGAAAAAAGAUCUCAAUGAUUCACGAUCAUUGUUACUACGAGAACAAGAAAGAACGAGAAAACUUGAAGAUUCGAAUGAAAAAAUAAGAGAUAAAGAAGCUAAUCUUCAGUCAAGUCUUCUUACCGCUGAAAGCAAAGCAAGUCGCCUUGAAAACGAGUUACAGAUUGCGCAAUCCUCCAACAAACAACGAGUAGAAGAUACAGCAAAAUGGGAAAAUGAAUGUGAAAAAUUGCGAGAAUCAGUAAAAGAAAAUGAAAAGAAUUCAUUGAAGUUAGAAAGAGAAAAUGCAGAACAAUCAGGAAAAAUUGAAGCUUUAAAGUUGGAAUUACAUCAGAGAGAAAGCGAAUGUAUGCAAAUGAGACAAGAGAGAGAGGAUUUAAGAAGUAGAAACACAAUGACUACUACUGAACAACAAGAAAAAUUUAAUUCUAAAUUAGCAGAUGUUCAUUUAUUAUUGGAAAAACAGAUGAGUGAGAUAUUAUCUAGUGAUUUUACCAAUGUUUCGUCACAAUCACCGUUACAAAGAGAUCAUGAAAAUGAAAGAGUUGCAUUUGAGACUCGUAAUGUUCAACUAACUCAACAAAUUGAACAUUGGAAAUCGGAAGCCGACAGAAUAGAAAGGGAAAAAGCUUUCAAGGACGAGGAGUUAGCCCAGGCGCAACAAGAUCGAAUCGAAGUACAUAAAAAGCUGGGAUACGCCGAUGCAUUCUCAAAAUCUGCUUCUAAAGAACAAAAACAAUUGAUGGAAGAUAAUACUAAAUUUAAACAAGAGAAUAUCAAAUUACAAUCUCAAGUCUCUCUAUUUGAGCAAAAAUUAGAAGAAAAAUGCGCCACAAUAUCGGAAUUACAAAAAGAUGUCGAUAAAUUUUAUCAAACGUCAGCAAAUGCAAACCGACAGAUUGAUUCUCUAAGUGAAAGUCAAAGAUUAGUCGAAACGAAUCGAGCAAAGCUUGAACAACAAUUAAAAGACAUUGAGCUGGAAAACAUCAGGUUGAAAUCAGAAUUAGAUUCAGCGAAUUCGUGGAAAGAUAGAUUACAAGAAGGACGAGAGGAAGAAGCCCAUGCUAAAGUUAUGUUGGAAGAAAAAUUAUCCAGACUGGAGUGCGAUAAAGUUCUCGUCGAAGAAAAAAUGGCGGCUGAAUUAGCUAAUGCAAAGAUGUUACAAUCGGAAGCGGAAGGUCACCGAAGCAUGUGGGAAGCGGAGGUCAAAUCAAGGUCAAAGUUGGAAGUUGAAUUAUCGAAAGCGAAUAAAGAUGUUGAUGGCGAGAGAACGAAAUCGGAAACAUUGAAAAAUAAACUUACUCGUGCAUUGGAAGAUAGAAAAACAUAUAAAACAAAAUAUGAUCAAAUGAAAAGAGAUAAAUUGGAAGCAGAAAGGCGAGCUGAAUCUUACAGGUCGGCCAUGCAUGAUGCUGGUCGAAAAGUUUCCGACUUGGAAUCUGAUUGUGAAAGUCAAAUCUCAUCAAUGGAUGAACAACAUAAUUCUGAAAGAAGUAAACUUGAAGCAACCAUUGCUAAACUCAGGGAACAGGUUGCUGAUUUGGCAAUGCAAAUGAGAGAAAAGAAAAAGCCUUACUUUCCUGAAGGGCCCACAGAAAAUACUCAUCGAUCUGAUGAGACAAAAAGAGUUCAAUUUGAGAACGAAAAAUUGAAAGAAGAAUUGAGAAGAUUACGAUCACAUGUUGAAUCAAGUUAUGUUGACAAAUCAGAAUUAGAAGCUGCAAGACAAGAAGAAAGAAUAAAAGCACAAGCAGCUCUUGCACCUACUCUUGAUCAAGUUAAUUCCUAUCUCAAGGACCGACAAAUGGCACAAGAUAUGGUUGACAAUUUGAGACUGAAAAAUGAAGAACAUCGUUUCAUGCAAGCAGCAAUGAAAAUAACUUCGCUUGAGGAAGAACUCGCUUCAUUGAAAAGAAAAGGCGAUGAUUUCACCAGCAGGAGGAUUCAUGAAAAGGAAGCUGAAUUAUCGCAAUUAUAUGAUAGCGCAAAAAGACAAAACGAUGUUCUUCAACAGCAACUGUCAAGGGCGAAUAACAAAGCAGAAGAAUACAAAGCAAAUUGGAUAAAGGAGAGGAAAAAAUUUCAAAGCUUUUUUUCCAGCACUUUGGGAGGAAGUAUUAUACCGUCUCAGGUCGAUACAAACCAGUUUUCAACCAGUAAUGGGUUUCCUAGUUUUUCACAAUCCAGACCAAAUCUAUCUGCCACCCCUCCCAUGGGGGGAGCAUUUUCAUCAACUCCAAAAAAGGAUCCAUCUGCACCACUUUUAAAUCAACUGAGGACCAAACUUGAUGCCAGCAUAGCUCAACACCUUGUAGGUACACGAGGAGAUGCCCCAAUGUUUCAUUCGACCCCACUUGCAAAUGGACACAUAUCCCCUCGGAGUAGUUUAGGAACUCCGAGAUCUGACGGAUCAUCUCGUAAUCACGGUGAUGAUAUCCAAGGAACAUCGGGGCACAAAUCAACUAAUGAAUAUAUGUCAUUUUUACUGACGUGAUUUCUUGAAUUUAUCCAUUACUUGUUGAAUUAUUAGAACAAAUAUAAGGUGUGCAUUUUAUGCCAGUUAAAUUUUGACAUUUUGCGAAAGUUACGUUUGAAAUUUCAUGAUGCUUGCGCUAUUGUCCUUCAAAAAAUAACACAGUAUUCUUUGUGUCACUAAGUCCUAUUUCCACUGCAGUAUUUUUAGUCAUGGAAUCCUUGUUUAGUACCAAGAUAAUUUUCAUAUUAGUAGUUUAGUUAUAGUUGCCUCUGUUGAACAAAAGCCAUGCACAGGUAUGUUCUUCAGAUUAUCAUUUGCCAAAUUCUUUCUAUACUCGUUUGAUUUGCGAUUCCUUUUUUUUUCAUUGAAUUAUACUCGAGGUAUAUAUAUAUUAACCUCACUUGAGCUUUUAGCCAUUGGCGUUAUGGACUAAUUAUAACACUAGAAAAGUGUUGUCUGCUAAAUUCCUUGCCUCUGAUGGCAUUAUUUCAUUUAAAUUUAGUUUGUUUUAUAUACCUAGUUAUGAUAUUACACUUUGGCCAUGGCAUUUAAUAAUAAUAUAUUAUUUUUGUUUUUAAACCAAGUUACUUGAAUGUCCGUGUUACUCUUUUUACACAGCGUUUUAUUUAAA